AUGUACAAGAAAGUUCCAUACCAUAACUGGCGUCAUGCUGUUGAUGUCACACAAUUUGUUACUUAUCAGAUCAUGAUUUCGGGUCUUGAAAAAGUUUUCACUAAAUUUGAAUUAUUCAGUUUAGUUGUUGCUGCAAUUUGUCAUGAUGCAAAUCAUGAUGGUUUCACUAAAAUCUACAACGUCAAAGCUGAAACACCACUUGGUAUUCUUUACAAGAACCAGUCCGUCAUGGAAACACACCAUUGUUCAAUUGCAAUCCAAAUUAUGUCACACGAAGAAACAAAUUUGUUGGCCGCAUUGAACCAAGACGAAUACAUCGAAAUUUGGUCAUUGAUCAUCCAAUACAUCCUUGCAACAGACAUGGCACGUCAUUUCGAGAUUCUGAAGAGAUUCAAUGAUAUCUAUGAUGGUGGUGAUUUCACAAUGCAACGCCAUGAUCACCGCGUUAUGUUGUUGUAUAUGAUUCUUAAAUGUGGUGAUAUUUCAAACGUUUCUCGUCCAUUCGAACUUGCAGAUCGAUGGUGUGAUGUUUUGUGUGAAGAAUUCUUUCGACAAGGCGAUUUAGAACAAGCGCAAGGCAUGGCUUACACAUCCGAUUUGAAUGAUCGAAGCCAUUUAGAUAAAUCUAAAUCACAAAUUGGUUUCUACACAUAUGUUACACUUCCUAUGUUCCAAGCUGCAGGAAAAGCAGUUCCUGCAUUAGAUGUAAACAUGCGACAAGUUUUGUCUAAUCUUUCAGUUUGGAAGAGAAAACACGCAGAAGAACUUGAACUUCAGAAAGCUGCCCUUGCUGCUGCAUCAGAUAAACCUAAGACUGAUCAAACACAACAACAACAACAAACUAAUAAUACUAAUCAACCUGCUACAAAUAAUAAUAACAAUAAUAAUAACAACAAAUCAGAAAACAAUUCAACAUCAGGUGGCGGAACUAAACUUGGUCAAGGUCCAGCACCAAAAGACAACAACAAAGAUAAUAAAGAAAACAAGGAUGAAGAUACAAUUGGCGAAGAAUUACUUCUUGAUGAAAACGGAGAUCCUAUUGUUGAUGUUAAGAUGAGUAUUUCUACAUUACUUCGAGAAAGUUCAGAAUAUAUUAAAUGUUAUCCAGGUGAUGACAAAAGAAAUGAUUUUGAUAUUUUUAUUUUUAUUGAAUCUUGUUUAUUUAUUAAAUAUUUAUUUAAAAUAAUUUUUCAAAUGUUUUGUCAAUAA